AUGACAACCAACACAAUAAACCCACAAAUAUUCCCUAUUGGAGGAUGGGGUCCAAGGCGUCAUGUCCAUGGGGUAACUGCCAAGUACCCUAAGGAAAGAGGUGAACUCCUGCACCUCCGCCAGCGCGUUCUGCGCCCUCGCCUCCGCCAGCGAGGCCUCGAAAUCAACAUAAAACAUGUACUCGAAGUGCUUGGCCGUCCCCACGUUUGCGUCGUCCACAAGCCUUAUCGGCCGGUGGCGGUGGGGCCUCGACUCUAUCUUGGUCAGGCUGAUGUUGCGGAAGGCGAACGCCGACAGCACUUUGAAGAGGACGCUGGUCCCCUGCCCCUCGUGCGCGAACACGAUGCUCGUCUUGAACGGCCGGUCCGUCCGCGGCACGAUCGGCUCCCGGGCCAGCAUCACAAACCGGGUCACGUUCCCCGAGUCAUCCUGGAUCCCGUCCCCAAGCACCUGCAGCCCGUACAGCUCCGCCGCACGCGCCGACGCGAUCGCCGCCGUGUCCCGGAGCCCGUUCGCCGCGAUGUACUCCGCCGCCCCCGCGGUGUCGUCAACCGCCUCACGCGCCACCGCCAGUCCCAUCUUGGUCAGGGUGUUCUCGCACUGGGAAAGGGCCUGCGGGUGGCUUAUCACGCGGGUGAGGUACUCGCGCCGGACGCCCGGGAGGGCGAGGAGGCAGUGGUGGACGGGGAGCUGGACCUCGCCGACGAUGUGGAGGCGGUGGCGGAGGAGGAGGUCGUAGUUGCGGUGGAUCGAGCCGCCCAGCGAGUUCUCCACCGGGAGGACGGCCCGAUCUGCGAUCCAGAGCUCCACCGCCUGGAAGGCCACCUCGAACUGGUCGCAGGGGAUGGCCUCGCAGCCGGGGUAGGCACGGCCGGCGGCGGCCUCGCUGUACGCGCCGGGGACGCCCUGGUAGGCCACGCGGAGGCUGGACCCGUGCAUCGGCGCCGGGGAGAGGUCGGAGAUGCUGAGCGGCCGGGGCAGGAGCGGCGCGGCGGGGGAGGGCUCGCCGGCUGGAGCGGGGACGAGGUCGAGGACGGGGCGGCCGUUUACGGCGGAGAUGGCAUCGGCUCCGCCGCUGCUAUGGUCGGAUCCCUGCUGCUGGGAGACGACCUUGCUGGCGAGUAUGGCGCACGCGCUUUGCCACUCGUGGCGGGCCCUGCCGACGGGGGAGCCGGGAACGGGGUCGUAGCGCGAGGAUCAUUGGAUGGCCCGGCGGCGGGUCCGGCGGAGGGCGUUGGACGGCGUGUUUCGGGUUAUGGAAUUGAGAUCUGUGGCGGAGGGAGGAGAUAA